UGCCCACAUUCUGCUGCAGAGGAGAGUGCACCAGGAUGAGGAGACUGUAGGCACCCGCCAUAGUAUGGCCGCGUCCCGUUCUUCGCGUGUCACAAGGUCAUCAGUGGGGCUCAAUGGAUUGGAUGAAAAGUUUUGUGGUCGAACCCUCAGAAACCGCAGCAUCGCCCAGCCAGAGGAGACCUCAGUAUCUCCACAACCUAGGGCACGCUCCCCCAAAAAGAAGCUGGAGUCAAGGCAGGAGUCAAAGCAAGAUACCAGUAGGGAUGCCAAGCAGGAGUCAAAGCAGGAUGCAAGGAAAGACUCAAAGCAGGAUACCAGUAAGGACUCCAAGCACCAGUCAAAGCACGAUACCAAUAAGAGUUCAAAACAAGAGUCAAAGCAAGAUACCUGUAAGGAGUCUAAACAUGAGUCAAAUCAGUGUUCCAAUAAGGUCUCAAAAGAAGAGUCAAAGCAGGAAACCAGUAAGAAAUCCAAGCAAGAGUCAAAGCAGGAAAACAGUAAGGACUUCAAACAAAAGUCUGAUGGUAAUGAGGAGCCAAGAGAGGAGGCUGUCGAGGAAUCUGUGCCGGAGGCCAUCAAGGGGUCUGUCGAAGAGUCUAUGCCAGAGGCCGUUGAGGAGUCUGUGCCGGAGGUUGUUCAUUCUGUGCCGGACGCCGUCGAAGAGUCUAUGCCGGAUGCCCUCGAGGAGUCAAAGCAGGAGUCAAAUGACAAUGAACAAGAAAUCCAGCAGGACAUUGGUGAGGUACUUAAUCAAGACUUUGAACUGGAGUCAAAGCUUGCUGCUACACAAGACGCAAGGUCACAAGAGAGUUCCUUGCAAAAUAGCCAACAGGACAUUUUGAAGAAAAACGAAGCUGACUACUGUGUCGCUGCACUUGAUGCUGAUCCUUCAACCAUCUCUAGGAAGCGAGGUGUGUCCUGCUUGGAAAAAGACCUCAGCCAAGAGAAAUCUGAGAACUGUGACACAGGGAAGGAGUGGCAGGAUACCUUGCGUCAAAUCAAAAGGGCCAAGCAACGCUCUCUCUCUGGAGAGUUUCUGGGACAGGAAGAGGACCAAGGAUACCAGAAUAGCCAAAGUCAAGUUUCUGUCUCGGAGCCUUGUAAGGAUGUAAUUUGUGAGAACUCAGCAAGCCAAAACUCUUUUAAUACAUCAUCUGCCUCUUCUAUCCUCAGUGUUCAGGAGGGUGAGGUAAUUUCACGACAGGUGAAGGAAGAUCAUUGCAUGGAUAGUGAUGGGCCGGUUUUGCCACAUAAUUUCCUUAAAGCCUCUAAUGGACUCAGAGAAACUGAUGCAGAGGAAACUAGCACAGUCACUGAACAUCCCAGUGCAACACCCACCUCUGCCACCAGCCUCACAUCUCUGCUAAACGGCAGUCAGAUGGAGGCUCCCUCAUCCCCUGACCCCUCUGUGCCUUUUAGAAACUCUGUACCUAGGCAAAUAGAGGUCUCUGACUUAGGAGUAUCACCAGCCUCAUCUGCACUAACAUUCACGGGUGCUGCAGAAGAUCCUCUUCCUGAGUUGAUAGUAGUUAAAGAGCAGGAGAUGGAAGUCGAUGUGGUGGGAGACCCUUUGUGUCUGGCUCAUGAGGAGCAGGUUACUGUGAGCGAAGGGGAUUCAAACGGGCGGUCACCAGCGCAGGAACCUGCUGCUUCCAUCUCAUGCUCUAAUGCGAACAUAAACUGUAGUGCAGUAAACAACAGCAACUCAGGAGAAACUACACCCACAGUCACAACACCCCCUUCCCCCACAGACCCAGAUUGUAACGCCUCAAUGUCCAGCAUGCUCCCUUCUUUCACAGAUCUCUACGAACACAGAUAUACCCUACGGACUUCACCUAGGAGAGUUGUGUCUGGUGGGAAAACAUCUCCCUCCAAACCCAGUUCUCCUCUGACAGACAAUGGUCCCUUUAGGGAAGAGGGGGAGGUGGAGAAAGAAUGUCCAACUUUAGAGGAACGUUCUUGUUCAGACUCAAUUGGUCCCUCGAGCGAGGAGCCAGUUUCUGUGAAUCCUGGUUGCAAAGUAGGUGAUAAAGACAGUGGCUUUGCUGAGGACAAAGAAAUAGAAAAUCGCAAGGAGCUAACACAGAGCCAGGCUGUUGAGGAAGAAGAAGAAGAAGAGGAGGAGGAGGAGGAGGAGGAAGAGGAAGAGGAGGAACCAGACGUGUAUUACUUUGAGUCAGACCACCUGGCUCUUAAACACAAAGAUUAUCAGAGACUUCUGCAGACCAUCGUGGUACUCGAGGCUCAGCGCGCUCAGGCCAUUCUUGACCUGGAGACGUUAGCGCGUCACCAGAGAGAGGCUCUCACUGAUCCUAUCAGCUUUGUGGAGCAGCUGCAGAAACAGGCAAAUCUGGGUUUGCCGUGUCCCCAGCGGGUUGUGCAGCUCCCUGACAUCGCCUGGGAGCAGUACACCUCAGGGCUGGGGGAGUUCGAGAGGGAGUUCUGCGACAAGAAACGAAAAACCCGACAGCUGAAGUUGAUCUUUGAUAAAGGUUUGCCUCUGAGACCAAAAAGUCCUGUUGAACCCAAGAAAGAAGGUGAAUCCUCAACCGUGUACUCCUCUCUUCCUACAAGUGACGCCCUUGAGAACAGCAGGCAAGCACAGAUGAUCAGGGGAAGGAUUUGUCACCCAAAUAAGCCUGACACCUUUAACCAGCUGUGGACGGUUGAGGAACAGAAAAAACUGGAGCAGCUUCUUGUUAAGUUCCCACCUGAAGAAGUGGAGUCCAAAAGAUGGCAGAAGAUUGCUGAUGAGCUGGGCAACCGGACAGCCAAACAGGUUGCCAGCAGGGUUCAAAAGUACUUCAUCAAACUGACAAAAGCUGGUAUCCCUGUGCCUGGAAGAACUCCAAACCUCUGCAUGUACACUAAAAAGGCCUCCAGUAAGAGACAGCAUCACCUAAACAAGCAUCUGUACCGACCAUCCACCUUCCUAACCUCCUACGAGCCUCCAGUCUACAUGGAUGAUGAAGAAGAGCGCUCAGCAUAUUACAGCAGUGUGCAGGACCCGUCUGCUGAUGAUUCGGAUGAGGAGGGUGUUCCUGUUGAGCUGAGGAACUUACCAGAGUACAAAGAGCUUUUGCAGCUGAAGAGGUUGAAAAAACAGAAGCUCCAGGAGAUUCGAGAGGACAACGCCAGGGUGCAGCACAUGGGUUAUAAGUGCGAUGUGUGUGGUAUGGAGCCCAUCCAAGGAGUCCGUUGGCACUGUCAGGACUGUCCACCAGAAAGCUCUGUUGACUUCUGCUCCAACUGCUCAGACUGCUUAUUGAAGACAGAGACCCAUAAACCUAACCACCACUUGGAACCGGUCUAUCAGGCAGACACCUUUCUGGACAGAGACUACUGCCUGCCGCAGAGUGCAGGCUACAACUAUCUGGACCCUAAUUACUUCCCAGCUAAUAGAUGACAGGGUCCCAAGCACCCAUAGCUCCAAACUCUUUCUCUCUCUGUCUCUUUUUCUCUCUCUAUCUCUCUCUCCCCUCUUUACAGGCCGCUCUGUGCACGGCUCCAUCCUCUAAGCCCCGACCUCAGCUCUGAUGCUGGUGGAGUGUGCCCAGCAACACCUUGGCCAGGUUAAUCAGAAACUGAAAAUAAAAACAAGAACGCAGAAGGCACACAACAUUCCUGAACUCCUCGACUCCAGUUGAUCUGUCCCAGUUCCCCGUUUUCUCCUCCAUGCUGCUUUCGAACUGGAAAAUCCUCAGUUGGUGUGGUGAAGCGCCGUUUAAUGGAUACAGCAGCCGUGCCGAACUGUCAGAAGAGACAUGCAUGUGGGCUCCUUGUUCCCCCAGAAUGAAGAAUCCUUUAAAAAGGUUUAAAAACUCUGAGCAUCAUCUGACUGUCAGGAUUUCUGCACACCUCACUGUGUUUCAUCAUGGACUCAUCCGUUCCACUGCCCUAAACCCUUCCCACCUUCAUCCAUUUUUCUUUUGCUCUCUCCACUAAAACACGUCAAACUAGGAAACACUACAGCAUGGAGAGCUUUUUAUGUUUUUUUUUUCCUUUGAAGGCAGGUGAAUGAGAAGGUGUUAAAACCACAAAGCCGUUUUUUGUUUUUUUUCCUCCUCCUCCUUCAUCCUGUGCCGUUGUUGAUCAUGUUGAGUGUUUAAGUAUAUGGUGACAAGUGAAAAGUAGCCACCGCUAGUUGCUGUGUGCCAUUUAAAAAUAAAAAAAUAUUUUUUUUUUCUUCCCCUUCAGGCAGAGGGAGAAACUUUGAAAGCUAAACACAAUUUCUCCAUCACUAUUGUUAUCGAAUCCCCCUCAUUAUGCCUCUAGAUCUCUAAUUUUUGCCACCCACUUUAAAAGGUCCAUCUAAGAAGAUUGUAUUUUUAUUAAUCUAUUUAAAACAUGAAUAAUUGAAGUAGUGGUUGGAGCGACCCACAGAGUUUUAUAUACAUAGAUUUUGUUGUGCUUGAGUAGACGCCAUUUUGUAUGGUUUUUGUCUUCUUUCCCUCACCACCUUUCCCCUGCUUCAGUAUCUGUGUAUAACAGUAUGUUCUUAUGUAAAAAAAAAUAAAAUAAAAAUAAUGUUAAAAAAUUGCUAGAGGAGAACUGUGGAAAUAAAAGUAUGUGGAAAAAUGUUUAUACAUCU